AUGUCUCAACCAUCCCAAGCCCAUCAAACGGGCAACAUGCUGGCGUCGUCAGCCACGGGGACAACCUUUUUAAUUUUGAUUCAAUUGUCGUCGAGGGUGUUCACUUUUGCCUCGAAUCAGUUGGUUCUGCGCGCCAUGUCACCGAUCAUUCUUGGAAUUGCAGCUCAAUUGGAGCUGUUCCAGGUGACCAUCUUGUAUUUCUCCCGAGAAAGCAUCCGGAUGGCAAUCCAACGACAGCCCCUUCAGCCAGUGUCAACGUUUAGUUCAGCAUCGAGUUCGGAAGCCGAUAAGAAGGAAGACCCCGAGACCGCGAAGAAUUACUUGGAGAUCGCAUCGCAAUCAGUGGUCAAUCUGUCUUAUUUGAGUCUGUGUCUCGGACUUCCGUUGACGAUCCUGGUCACCUCACUCUACCAGUACUUUGCGCCUGUCCAGGCUGCGAUGACUCCGUUUUUCUAUUCUAGUGUGGUUCUCACUGGUCUGGCUUCGCUGUUAGAGCUGUCCAUUGAGCCAUUCUUCGCGGUUAUUCAGCAGCGAAUGUGGUAUGAAAAGAGAGCCGCAGUGGAAAUGCCAGCGGCGUUUCUGCGCAGUCUGGUGACAUGUUUGAGUUUUGGUUUUGCCUCUCGCCGAAAUCAAGCUGUAGGUGCUUUGCCAUUUGCUUUGGGUCAUUUGAGCUAUUCGCUUGCCCUGGUCUGCGGUUACUGCUGGACUAUGCUGGGAGGUGCUGGGGACAGGAACUUCACAUAUUUGCUGGCCAGAAUCAAAUCCAGUAGUUCGUCUGACUAUUUCGCUGGACGUUUCCCCCGACCUCUCAUGUCCAUCGCUGCAAGUGUCUUCCUUCAAUCCGUCGUCAAGCAUCUCCUCACGCAAGGCGAUGCCAUGAUGCUUGCUGCGCUGUCGACCUUGGAAGAUCAGGGAAUCUAUUCUCUGGCGGCAAAUUACGGAGGUCUCAUUGCCAGAAUCAUCUUCCAACCUCUAGAAGAAAGCAGCCGCAACCUCUUCUCUAGCCUUCUUAGCCCCGAUGGGAAAGGCAAACGGAACCCGGCCCAGGUUCACGCCGCAAAGAAGCACCUGAUCGGCCUGCUUCGCGCCUAUCAAUUACUUUCCAUCGUCAUUUUCCCGCUGGGUCCCCUGAUGAUCCCGUAUGUACUCCGCAUAUUGGGCGGGUCUCAGUGGGCGUCGACAAAAGUGGGCGAUCUGCUUUCGCUCUACUGCUAUUAUAUUCCCUUUCUGGCUUUCAAUGGCAUUACGGAGGCGUUUGUGUCGUCUGCGGCGGAUUCGAGCCAGAUUCGUAACCAGACCGUUUGGAUGGGAGCAUUCUCCACCUGCUAUGCUUUGGCGGCGUACCUGUUUCUGGAGGUGGGUUCCAUGGGGGCCUACGGGCUGGUUCUGGCGAAUAUUGUCAAUAUGGCGGUUCGCACUGUGUGGAGCUACAACUUCAUCCGGAGGUACUUUGCCCGACAAGGAGAUGGAAUCAGUGCAACGGAACUCUCUAUGCGGCCUUUGACCUGUGCCGUGGGAGUUGUGGCCACUGCGUUCGUGGUCCGGCAAGGGUUCGAGGAUUCAGAUGGGGGUAUCAUCCAGGCAAUUCUAUUCAGUGGUGUCUAUGGACUUUUGGUGCUCUUUUUGGAGAGGAAAUACGUAAUGGAACAGGUCGCUGAACUGCGACAGGUUCUCUCCUCACGCUCAAAACGGAGCAAAUCAGAUUAG